GUCGGGCUCCCCGCAUCACCGAGCACCCGGGCGACGUGGUGGUGCGCAAGCACGAACCGGUGACGCUGCGCUGCCGGGCGGACGCCGAGCCCCCGGCGCGCCUGUCCUGGUUCCACGAGGGCCGCCCGGUGCGCAACUCGGCCACGCGCAUGGUGCUGCCGGAGGGACAGCUUUUCUUCCUGCACGUCCAGCACAGCCGCAGGGACCAGGACACUGGCAUCUACUGGUGUACGGCAACCAACCAGCUCGGGGAGGCGCGCUCUCGCAAUGCGUCCGUCGAGCUCGCAGUUCUCCGCGAGGAGUUCCGGGCGACGCCCAAGUCCUCCCGCGUGGCAGCGGGCGAGUCGGCGACGUUGGAGUGCGUAGCGCCCAGGGGCCACCCCGAGCCUUCGGUCACGUGGUUCAAGGACGGCGCCCAGGUGGCCACGGGCACGGGGCGCAUCCGCCUGCUGGGUCACGGAUCGCUGCUCAUCGCCGACGUCAGGCACGCCGACCAGGGCCGCUACGUGUGCAGGGCCGCCAACCUCCUCGGCACCCGGGAGACCCCCGCUGCCACGCUCUCCGUGCACACAAAGCCGUACUUCGUGCGUGUGCCGGAAGACGUGACGACGCUCGCCGACGAGACCGUGGAGUUCCAAUGCAAGGUGAAUGGAGAUCCGAAACCCACCGUGACCUGGAGGAGGCAGGACGGGAAGAUGCCUGUCGGAAGGGCCAACAUCCAGGAAGACAAGAGCCUGCGUAUACAGAAUGUCGCCCCCAUGGAUGAGGGAACAUACAUCUGCGAAUCGCAGAACUUCGUUGGCUCAGUUUCAGCAUCUGCUAGUCUCACCGUGCACUCCCGCCCAUCAUUCCGGCUGACACCUGAGGACCAGAAGGUGGGACUGAAUGGCGUUGCCAAAUUCGACUGUCUUGCGACCGGCAAUCCUCUGCCGUCCGUCUUUUGGACCAGAGAGGGCAAACAGGUGCUGAUGUUCCCUGGAAAAUCGCACGGCCGGUUUUCGGUCACAAACGAGGGUACUCUGGUCAUCUCAAGUGUGCGCAAGGAAGACAGGGGCUACUACACCUGCUCCGCACUCUCCGUCGUGGGGUCUUCCAUGGCGAAAGGCCACCUGGAGGUCACUGCAAAUGCCGACCUCCCACCGCCGGUCAUUCGUCUCGGUCCAGCCAACCAGACACUGCCCAUCAACACUGCGGCCAUCAUGCCCUGUGAAGCCUCGGGCAAACCAACUCCGACAGUCCGCUGGCAGUACAACGGAGUCCCCUUGCAGAUUGAUACCAGGCCCAGAUAUGUGAUUCUUCAGUCGGGAACAUUAAGGAUUAACGGGUUGCAAAUAACAGACAGUGGAACGUACACCUGCACAGCAUCCACUGAGAGUGGAGAGACUUCGUGGACCGCCUCACUAACCGUAGAGUCUCCGCACAACCCCAACGUCAACUUUCACCGGUCUCCAGAUCCCUCCACCUUUCCUGGGCCGCCAUCGAAGCCCGUUGUGGUCAACAUAAGCGAAACUUCAAUUACCCUCACGUGGAGGCGCAGCGAAAAAGUUGGAGAGUCCUCGUUGAAGGGAUACUCAAUUGAAUACUAUAGCAGUGAUCUGCAAAGUGGCUGGGUUUCAGGAGCACGUCGUUUGCUCUCUGAAACAUACACAGUUCAAGCACUGCGGCCUGACUCGCGCUACAUCUUCAUCGUUCGAGCUGAAAAUUCUCAUGGUUUGGGGCCCCCAAGUCCUGCCUCCGAUACCAUACGCACUCUAGGGUUACCUCCUCAUUUACUUCCCGAGUACAAUCUGGACGAAGCUCGAGCCAAGUUGACCGCUUGCGUGGUGACUCUACUAGACGCGCGUGCGGCAAGCUCCACCGCCGUGAAACUCACAUGGAGGAUUCAAGAAGACAAGGAUUAUGUGGAGGGUUUCUACAUCCGAUUUAGAGAUGUGAGCGGGGGAUCACAGAAGUAUAAUAUGGUGACUGUGCUCAAUGGAGCAGCCUCGUCCUACGUCCUCAGUAAUCUCAGGCCAUACACAAAGUAUGAGUUCUUCUUGGUGCCGUUCUUCAUGAGCGUGGAAGGACCACCCAGCAACUCAAGGAGCGUCCAGACGUUGGAAGAUGUUCCAACGGCAGCUCCGCAAGAUGUUACAGCUCAAGUGCUGAAUGUUACGACAGCCACAAUCUUCUGGUCCCCUCCUCCUUCUCAGCACUGCAAUGGAAAGCUGAGAGGCUACAAUGUCUAUGUAACAGGAAACCUGUCUGAGCCCUUCUUGAACAAGAGUACGAACUCAACGACAAACACCCUGCUUGUGACAAACCUUAAAGCGGGGGCUUCUUACAAAGUUCGCAUUGUUGCUCACACCUCGGUUGGCAGCGGGCCCCUGAGUUCUCCAGUUCCUUUCAGUAUGGAUAGCCCAUCUUCGCCAUCGUUGUCCACCCCUUUUAACAGCAUUGUAAAGCAGUCGUGGUUCAUUGCCCUUAUUGGGUGCCUUAUGUUUAUAGCUGUCAGCGUGUUUGUGCUGUUUGUUGUUUGCAAGCGAAAACUCGAAUUGAAGAAGGCAAUUACAACAGCUCCAGUUCAGAAGCCAGAGGACCUAAGCAACUACUUAAAUUCACUAACUGGCAGGACGGGGCUUAGUCACCACGACGCCCUAUGGAUUAACCAAAGUGCCUGGAGGCCUUGUGAUUCAUCUAAGGACGCCUUCUGUGACACUAAACUGCUAAACAAGAUGGACUGCGCUUCAAAUGAUCUAAACUACUCCAGUGUCUAUGCUCCUCUAAAUUGUGGCGUCAGUGCUUCAGACUAUGCAGAAGUUGAUACACAAAACCUGACGACUUUCUGCAAAAAAGACCUGCCUUUGAUUCCAGAGCCAUAUGCCACAACUACAUUGAUUAAUCCUUCACUCCAGAAAAGCUUCAAUGGUUCUGCUAAAGACGGGCGCAGCGGGAGCUCUGGCGAAGAAGGAAGUCGGUUAUCUGACAAGGUUUUUGAUCUCGAAUUGAGGCUACCAAACAAAGCAGAAGACAUUACGGACAGACUGCUGGAGUCUGACAAGCUCACAAGCCCAGUCAGUGAUUCUGGUAGCUACACAACAGACGAAUAUGGCAUGCCCAUAAAGAAGAGCCGACAAAAAUUCUCCAAAGGGAAAGCCAUGCCCAAUGGCCCCAUGAUAAAUUGGGCCCAGAUUAUCCCUCCACCUCCGGAGCAGCCUCCCAGCGAUGCUGGCUCAGCGCCAAAUACCCCCGCUUCGCAUCGAAGAGUGUCUUCACACAGUAGUCAGCCAAAGAAAAAGCUGCCCUCAGGUUGCUCCCAGGCCUCCUCCAGCAGCGCGAGGGUGUUGCAAGGGGUGCCCAGGUUCACGGGUCCUUCCCCAUGGGCUAGCCUUAACGAAUCUAACAGCCUCGGGGCCUGUUACGCUGACCCCAGCACGGGCCCCCAUUUCACCACGAGAGGCCUCGGACCACUGCUGAGUCCUCCGCAGCAGCCACAGUCGCAGACGCAUCCAUCGCCCUUUUGCCAGUCUCUCAUGAACAAAGGGGUGCAAUCGUCCCUCCCGUCACUACUCAGCAAGUCAAACUCUGUGUCACCCGCCCUGGAGCUUUCUAGGCCGCACCUAGCGACGCUUCAAGUCUCGUGGCUGAAGUUCAUGCAAAGCCAGCUGAUACAACCCAAACCUUCCAUUGAACCAGGACACGUCUAUCAUCCCGCGGAUGGGGAGUCAGACGCGGAGGAGGAUAUGUCACGGCCACGGUCUUUAGAGUCGAGUGUUGCUGGAGACACAGACUAUGCACCAAGUCAUGCACCAUCUUGGUCAAGUAUGACGGAGCAGAGCAACAGCUCCUGUACAAGUGGUCGCUCCAGUGGUGCCAGUUCCUAUGAUGACUCUGUCUACAACGAAAUAGAUUUUGCCAGUGCUGUGGCUUUGGCUGCACAAAAUGCUGGCUUCCAGGUCACUGGAUCAAUCGUUUCCACUGCUCCGGCGGACACAAAUAGUGCCAAGCAAGGCAACAAAAACAAUAUCCCAGCCUGGCUCAUCAGCCAGCAAGAUGGAAAAGUGUCAAGUGUCCAAAGGCCUGUCAGCAGAACAAUAGGACAUCAGCUUCGAAACACAGGAGAUUAUCCCCAAACUCAACUACCUCUGUCCCUCAGCCUUCCCAUGCAAAGAAACCAGGGAGAGCACGAGAAGACGCCCAAAGGUGAUGCCAAAAUCUCUACGCAAAACAAAGCCGCUUCAAUGAAGCAGCCCAACUUCCACAUCUACCAUGAACCGCCCAGCUUGCUACCUCCAAGCAGAGGCGACCCCCGUUGGAGGGCGGGGGAGCAGGAAGACUUGCUUCACACAAAGAGUGUGCCCAUGGAGCACAUAGACAAAGGUUCUGCUUUUGUUCAGAAGGAAUCGAUGCACAUGUACCAUGGAUCAACCUGAUGAUCCUUCUACAGAAGCAGAAAGGUCUCCGGAUGCACUUCCAAGCCGUACCCUUACUUUCGCGGUGCCCUGUUCUGGACUCAUCACACAGGAUACAACCACACUCGGAUGCAAAACCUAGAAAGCAACUGGGCAAACGCUUGAACGUGACCUGCCAACAGUUCCUUUUAUGAGAGCAAAGAAAAAGAAAACAAGUCUUCAUUCUGCAGACUAAUGCACUAAAGUAUGCAAGAACCCCUGCAAAGACAAGGAAGACUGUGUGCCAAAUGCGAAAUGUCAUGCAAUAAUUCACGGAACUUUAGGACGCAUAUCUUGAAAACCAAACCCUCAAUGAGCGUGGGCCUAUGUGUGUGUGUGUAUGUGUGCAUGCAUGUGCAUUUCAUUUGUAUAUUUUUAUAACUUCUGUCUCGCUGAGGCAAGUCUUUGUAACUCCGUUCGCGGCCUUUUUCACUGGAAUGGGCCGGCCCCUCUGCAUAUCAUCAAUGGACCGAGCGUGGAGCAUUUUGUGAUUGACAAUAGUGCUGGACGGGCUUCAACUGAUGUGGCCCCAAUGUAUAUGCAGUGUGUUCUCAGGUGGGCAGCAAGCCUUGUUCUUUUUUAAUUUAUUGUUAAAGAGUAUAAAUAAUAUCUGUAGAAUAUGAAGCAUGUACAAAAUAAAGGAGUCACUAGGUAUUAAAGUCACUAUUGUCUAA